AUGUCCGACGAGGAAAUCCUGCUGGGUGAAAUCCCGCCCAUCGCCAGUACACCUUGCGCAGCCGAUAUCAUUGAGUGUCAGAUUCGCACGGAGCCCAGCACUGCGAACCUUUUCUCAGUCUACCGAUAUGCAAACGCGCCAUGGCUCUGCGUAUUGCUGAUAUCAGUAAUCUGUUCAGUGGUCGCCGGGGCUGCGAUGCCUUUGGUAACGAUUGUUUUCGGGGCACUGGCACGCGAAUUCAUCAAUGGAGAGGAAAAUACGCCGGAUGAUGUUCGAGACAGGGUUAAGCAUCUCACGCUGCUACUGCUGUAUAUCGCCAUUGGGUCAUUCAUCGCCACCAUGAUCAGCACAUUGGGGCUCAAUGUAGUUGGCGAACAUAUUACGCGUCGACUCCAAUGGAGAUAUCUAUCCUCCGUGCUGCAGCAGAACAUGGCGUACUUUGACGUAGUCGGCACAGGGGAGCUCACGUCGCAAAUAGACAAGGACAUGAAAUUGAUUCAAACAGGCAUUUCCCAGAAACUGGGCAACAUCAUCUCCGGGGUAUCCGGUUUUAUUGUUGCCAUCAUAUGCGCAUUUAUCCAAAACCCACGAUUCGCAUCGAUCAUGAUAUCGCAGCCUGUUGCCAUGAUCCUUCUGGUGGGAUUAAUGGGAUUCUGGCUAAGCGUUACGCAGCAAAGGGGCUUGCCCCAUUCUGUAAAACUCGAGAAUUUAGCCCAGGACGUUCUGAAUGCAAUGAGGAGUGUUAUUGCUUACCGAAGUCAAGAGAGAUAUGCGAGGAAGUAUCACAAUACGUUGCUGCAGCCGGCUGCCUUAGACUUUCGGGAGAGGUUGAUCUUCGGAGUGAUCGUUGCAGGCUCCUUUACGAUCUUGCAUUGGGCUAACGGACUGGGGUUCUGGCAGGCUGAUCGCCUCUUCCGCCAAGGCUAUUGUACUGUUUCCGAGGCCCUAUCUAUUCUCUACGCAACAGUUGUCGCAGGGGGAAUGCUGUGUCAAGCGUUGCCCUAUGUCGUUGAUGUUACAAAGGCUAGCCAAGCAGCCAACCGUGUAUUUUCAGUUAUUGAGCGUGUUUCGCCAAUUAAUUCCAUGGCGGAUACAGGACGCAUAUACGGUCCCGUUCGAGGAGAGAUCUGUUUCGACGAUGUAGAGUUUGCUUAUCCUUCGCGACCGGAACGAACUAUCCUGAGAGAUAUUAGUUUCACCGUGCCUGCUGGACAUACUGUGGCCUUGGUAGGGCUAUCGGGAUCUGGUAAGUCGACAAUCUUUGGCCUUCUGACACGCUUAUACAAUUCCAUCGGCGGUGGCAUUAUGCUCGAUAAUGAGCCGAUCGAGGAAAUGAAUAUCGCCUGGCUCAGGUCUCAGAUUGGAUACGUUAGUCAGGAUGUUAAUUUGUUCCGUACAUCAAUUCAUGAGAAUAUUGCUCACGGGCUGCCGAAGCAUACCAUCGAGGUAUGUCUGCCAGUGUCCAGUCGAUUCUCAUCAAGUACAUCUGCGGUUAAAGAGCUAGUAAUUCAGGCAGCCAAAACUGCGCAGAUCCACUCAUUCAUCACUAAUCUUCCGGACGGUUACGAUACCGUGAUAGGGAGUAAUGGGUCAAGUCUUUCUGGUGGACAGAGGCAACGGCUAGCAAUUGCCCGUGCAAUUGUAUCUCAGCCAUCUAUCCUACUACUGGAUGAAGCUACUUCUGCCCUGGAUAGUCAAGGUGAAAAGGAAAUUCAGGAGGCUCUGAGUAAGGCUGCCUACGGACGAACCACCAUGAUUAUAGCCCACCGGCUAUCGACGGUCCAAAAUGCGGAUGCUAUAAUCGUCAUGAAGGACGGCCAGAUCCUAAACCAUGGGACCCAUUCGGAGUUAAUGGUCACGUCUGCACUGUACCGAGACUUAGUCGAACAACAAGCACUGCGACAGAACAAUGCAGUUGGACACUCGUUGUCUCUUGCGAAGAGCAUCGAAACCAAGUCAAGUAAUAUAACAGUAAAUCAUGAUACUCCGAAGAGGCCUCAGGAUGCUCCAGGAUUGAGCCCAUCACCAGAAAGCAGCAUAAAACAGGUUUGGCUCCUGAAUAAGCCUGAGCUGCCAUACGUUAUUGCAGGUAUCAUUUUCAGCGCAUUAGCGGGAAUGACAUAUCCCGUUCAAGCAAUCUUCUUCGGCAAUGGUAUCAUAUCAAUCAUUAGCCCCGGUGCAAGUACUGGUGGGCACAGUGUCCACUUUUGGGCGCGAUUGUACCUUAUUCAUGGCAUUGUUGUAUUCAUAGUUUACAGCGUACGAGGCUAUUGCUUUGCAGUGUCUGCCUCUCAAUUACACCUCCGAGCACGGUCGCAUUUGUUCAGGGCAUUGCUUCUCAAGAAACUUGCCUUUUUCGAGGAUAAGGACCAUUCAGCUGGAGCCAUGGUGAGCUUUCUCUCGUCAGGAACUCCGAAAAUCACCGGUGUAUCAGGAACGUCCCUCGGACUGGCGGUCGAAAGUAUCGUAAUGCUUACAACGGGGAUCACAGUUGGAUGUAUUUUCGGAUGGAAACUUGGUGUCGCAGCGAUGGCGAUCGUCCCAUUGGUAGCCAUGUCCAGCUUCCUGCAAUGCUACAUCGAGGCACAAGUACAGAAGCACGUGAAGCGCGAGACUAACGCCGUGGCCAUUGCGCAUGAAGCUUUCUCCGCUAUCAAAACAGUCACAACACUAAACUUGCAGACCAACAUUAUCGAAUCCUUUCAUAGAGAAAGCCACCAAGACAAGAAAAGUGGAUACUGGGUUAUAUCUGCCGCCCUACAUGCAUGCACCACAUCUCUCCGUAUACUGAGUAUUUCUUUUGUGUUCUGGUAUGGCGGUACCCGUCUCAUCGCGACGGGAGAGUAUACAAUCCAACAAUUUUUCAUAUGUUUCGCGGCUACGGUUUGGGGAUCCCAGUCUGCAGCUACUCUCUUUGCUCAUGCGCCAGACAUUGCGGGGGCCCAUGCUGCUGCUGCUCGAUUGGCAGAACUGCUGCGGCCUGAUGAUUCACCAUCACAGUUCCCUGUCAAGAGCCAAAAGGAUAGCUCCACCUCUACCCUUGUGCCGAAUACUAUGGAGGACCUUGCGAUGCAGCAAAUUAGCUUCAGAUACCCUACCCGUCCAUCUCAACUAACACUAAACGAUAUCACCUUCAACGCCCGAUCUGGGAGCUUCAUUGCUCUUGUCGGAGCAACAGGCAGUGGGAAAAGCUCCGUGGUCAAUCUGAUAGAGCGUUUCUACGCUGCUGAGUCUGGUCAAAUAACGUUGGGACAUAAUUCCAUUGAACGAUAUGAUUUGAACCACUACAGAGGGUAUUUUGCGCUGGUCGACCAGAACCCAUCUUUAAUUGGCGAGGAUCUGCGCGAGUGUUUGCAAAGUGACGAGCGAGUUGUGUUAGACGAGGAGAUCUUGAUUGCUCUGGAAGAUGUGGGAUUGGCUGAUUUCGUGCUAUCCCUCCCCGAAGGACUAAGCACCCCAGUCAUGGCCAACGGAUCAACUCUGUCCGGAGGUCAACGCCAGCGCAUGGCCAUUGCCAAGGCUCUUUUAUGGGGGCCGAAGAUCUUUUUACUUGACGAGGCAACCUCUGCGCUAGAUAGUGCCUCAGAAGCACUAGUCCAGGAAGCACUGCAACGGGCAAAGAAAGGCCGAACCGUCAUCGCCAUUGCCCAUCGACUCAAGACGAUUGUCGAUGCUGAUGAGAUUUUAGUGUUGGAUCACGGACACAUUAUUGAGAGGGGCCGGCAUGAAGAGCUGAUGAAGCUCGGAGGGAAGUAUUGGCAGAUGGCUAAGUUGCAGCAGUUGCACGGUGAAGUUGGGAGGUAA